GCCUCAGGACCGAUCCUUGGGGCACUCCAUUUGAUACCGGCUGCCAACUAGACAUGGAGCUGUUGAUCGCUACCUGCUGAGCCCGAUGAUCUCGCCAGCUUUCUGUCCACCUUAUAGUCCAGCGGGAUGCCCUCCUGGCUGGUCUCAUCUGUUAAGACACCAGACUCCCCAAGGAAGGAGAGUCCUGGGGAAAGCCAGAGCUCAGCAGAGGACUUCGCAGUGCUUCCCUGCGUGUGCAUUUAUGAGUGGACUCGCCCCACCUCUUUCUCCCAGGCCUGUUGCCAGCGAUUUGGGGGGGUGGAGGGGCUGCUCAGCCUGGGAGAAGAUGAACCAGCCCAGCUAAAGAUGGGGAAAACCCAUUGGUUCCCCUGGCCCUUCCCCAGUAGGGGAGUGGCUGAAGACCGUCUGUUCCCAUCACACCCCAGUGCCUUCUCUGCACUCGUGCUGUGGCCAGCCGGGCUGCCCUUUCCCCAGAGCCAGGGCUGCAGGACAGAAAGGGCACAACCUGCCGAAUGCCAAAGGAGGUGAUUCAAGGGGCAGAGGAGCAGUUACUCCCCUCACGAGUCCGGGAUCCGAUCGUCAGUCUGCAGAGAGCGCUGCCGUGUCAGGAGGCUUCGGCCUUUCAUGGGGGAGAGCGGAGGAUGAGCCCAGUGCCCCCGUCUGCAGCGUCGCCCGGCUGUUGUCACGCGGUGCAGGCUGACCCCGUUCCAACCUGCCGCCGGCACUGAGAGGAAGGAUGAACGUCUCUGGGGACGCAGGGGGCUCCUCGAGGCUCCUCAUCUUCUGGCUCUCGGGCCCACUCUCUGUUUUCAUCAUCCUGGCCAACCUCUUCAUCAUCCUCGGGAUCCUCUGGAGCCGCAAGCUGCCCGGGGCCGCCAGCUCUUUCUUUCUCAGCCUGCUGUUUGCUGAUCUCCUGGCCGGGGUGGCCCUGCCCUUCAUCCCCUGGAUGCAGUUUGAGAAUAGUCGGGGCUACCACAGCUGUUUCUUCACCCACGUGGCCCCCAACUACUUCUUCCUCGCCUUCCUGGCCAACUUGCUGGCGGUGCACUACGAGAAGUACCUGUGCAUCAGCUACCCUCUGCACUACCGCCGCUUCUGGGUGCACCGCUGGGUGCCCCUCUGCCUGCUGCUGACCUGGACGCUGCCUUUGCUCUUUGCCUGCCUGCCGGUGCUGGGGUGGAACCAGUGGGGACCCAGCUCCAACUGCUCCUACAAACAGAUCUUCCCCACUGCCUACCUCUACCUGGAGAUCUACGGCUUCCUCAUCCCCUCCAUCCUGGCCAUGGCCUUCAUGUCCACCCAGGUGCUGCGGGUGGCCAGGCGCCAGCUGCAGGAGAUCAAGAAGGUGCUGCGCUCCGUGCACCAAGGCCAGGGCCCCUCGGAGCUGGAGCAGCAGCUGGAGCUGAGGCAUGCCAAGUGCAUCGCCAGCCUCUCCCUGAUCUUCCUGGCAUGCUGGGUGCCCUACGUGGCUGGCCUGCAUGUCUCGGUGCUGGCCAUCCAGAACCACAACUCCAUCGACAGCUACACUGUCCUCAUCCUCACCUGCGUGGGCAGCGGCAGCGCCGCCGUGGUGCCCAUCAUCCUGGGGCUCAGCAACCGCCAGUACACCCAGUUCUGGAGGGACGUGGCGGCCAAGGUCUGCGCUGGCUGCAGGGUGCGGUGCUGCGAGCGAGGGGAGGCCAGACGCCACCAGGGUGGGACGUCACAGGGCAGGGCCCCUUGUCCUCAGGCAGAAGGUGUGGCUCCAGCUCCCAGCUGAUGCCCUUGCCCCUGCAACGGAGACACCAAACCUGCAACCAUGGCCUCUUGCCACAAGACAAGGCUGGGAUUUGCAGCAGCUGAGGGAUCAACAUGAACUUUCCGGAGGGAUCCAGUGAUUUACUGGGCCGUUAUAUUUUAAUGACCGAGGCGGGGAGUAACCUCAUCCUCCCUCACCCAGACACGGCUGCUGGGCUGGUCACUGCUGGGUUCUGCACUUUGGUUGAUCUAAAGAACAAGUGUGGGUCAGAUGCUCUGGCCGAUCAGAUUUCAACACGUUCGUUUUUCAAAGCAGGACGUCGAUUCCAUGAAUGAUCUCGGCUUCUGAGUGGCCGAUUCCUCACUACACGAUCCACCCUCCUGCAGCCUGAUUGGCUGGGGUGGCUUCCAUCCCACGACGAUGCUCAUCAAUUCUAUUUGUCCCCCGAGGGUAAGACCUAAGUUUCUGGGCUGGUGUGGGACCUUAUCCUGCCAGGGUGUAGAGGGUGCCCUGACCUCUCAGGGUCGGGGCCGCCUGAAUUCUCAGAGCCUUUGUGGAGGUUUACCCCAUGGUGAAUGUGUGUUGUCGCUGCACCCCGUGAGUGCAGACUACAGGGCAAGGUCUGAGUCCCUCUAUUCUUGCUGGGAGUUCCUGGCGCCCCAGUACCCUCCCUGAUGCAGCUUUAAGAGACUCCCUGCCCCCAAAUGCAAUCAGACUUAGAUGAUAGCACCCCCUAAACAGUGGGGUUACUGCUGCUUGGGUCCCAAAUCAGACUAGGGCCCGGCACCCCCGUGGGCAGGGCCGGUGCUUCCAUUUAGGCAACCUAGGCGGUCACCUAGGGCACCAGGAUUUGGGAGGGGG